GUUCAUCUUCUUCACUAAGGUAAAUUUGUGGGUUUGUCCUGGUUUAUCUUGUUUUUGUUGUUGUCCUGCAGGUGUCUGAGCAGAAGUGGAGGACGGAGACAGAGACGAUGGACAUACAUCCAGUGAUGUGAGUGAUCUGCAUCAAGGACAAAAUCAAUCUGAGUUCUCAGCCCCGUAGCAAACAGAUGACGAUGAUGAGGAGGAUGAUGACGAUGAGGAGGAUUCUCCAUGUGAAGGGAGAUGUGAUGUGCACGAUGCUGCUGCUGGUUCUGUUCUGUCUGCUGCUCUACGCUCGACAGGUGGCGAUCUCCUCCGGGUGGGACAGACCUCAGUGGAAGCUGGAGAUCCACGGCUCCACCAGCUCCAGUCGGACACUGCUGGGGGCCAGUGGGGCCAAAGGGGGCCGGGAGUCUCAAGAGUUCCCCUCCAGCCCGUCAGAGCCACAGCUGCCCGCCUGUAAGCCCCAGUCCAAGUCCAAACCUCCUCAGGCCAAAUCCAAACCUCUGCUCAAAUCUAAGGGGAAAUCGAAGUCCCGACGGAAGAAUGCUGCGCCGACCAAACCUGCUGCCAAACCUCUGCCCACGAUGCCUCCGUUUGACUUUGAAGGAUACUUGAAAGCGAAGGACAACAGGAACUUUAAUCUGCUCAUCAACCAGCCAGAGAAGUGUCACAUCGGAGGAGCAGAGGAGGAAGAAGGAGGCGAAGCUCCCUACAUGCUCAUCGCAGUCAAAUCCGUUGCGGCAGAUUUUGAUAAGCGUCAGGUGGUGCGUCGGACAUGGGGUAAGGAGGGACUGUUCCCAAACGACGUCACCAUUCGUACGGUUUUCCUGCUAGGGGUUCCCAGGAAUCGAACUGCUCUGCCUCUGUGGGAUCGCCUCCUCAGCUACGAGAGUCAGACGUUCCGGGACAUCCUGCUCUGGGACUUUGAGGACACUUUCUUCAACCUGACGCUGAAGGAAACACAUUUUCUGAAAUGGGUUAACAGCAGCUGUCCUCAAGUCAAGUUCAUUUUCAAGGGUGACGCUGACGUGUAUGUGAAUGUGGAGAACAUACUGGAGAUGCUACAAGGUCAGAAGCCGGAUGAGGAUCUGUUUGUCGGUGAUAUUAUCAUUCACGCCAAACCCAUUCGCAGAAGGAGCUCCAAAUAUUAUGUGCCAGAGUUUGUGUACGGGGGGGGUCUGUACCCAAAUUACGCAGGAGGAGGAGGGUUUGUGAUGUCGGGACAUACGGCUCGGAGACUGAGCUCUGCGUGUCAACAGGUGGAGCUGUUCCCCAUUGACGAUGUCUUUCUGGGAAUGUGCCUGCAGCUGAUUGGUGUCAAACCGUCACGUCACCAGGGCUUCCGGACCUUUGGGAUUCCCCGGCCGUCUGCGGCGCCCCACCUUCAGACGUUCAACCCCUGUUUCUACAGAGAACUCAUGGUGGUUCACAGCCUCAGCGUCCCGCAGAUCUGGCUCAUGUGGAACCUCCUGCACGACCCCGACCUGAGCUGCCACAACCGGAGCAGCCAGACGCCCUCACCCUUUAAGUGGAGGGGGAAGAUGGCCGAGGAUACGGACUACGGUGAGAAGCGGGUGUUCAUCAUGCAUUAAGGACUUCCUGCAGGGACUGAGUGGGAUCUGCAAGAGCGCCGGCGAGUACAAAAUGGCGCUCAUGCCGGAUCUGUGGCCAACCAAAAAACAUAAUGACGUGUUCACAGCUGAGACAUGUGAGAGUUUAUCCAGAUCCUGGCGGAUCAACUCGGGGGAAAUUAAUCGGCAAAUAUGCUUCAAACUUGAAUCCAAAAGAGAAUUUAGGGUUUUGCCACGUGAGCCCCGUGUCUCUGUUCACACUGUGCUGGUGAUCGAUGCAGAAAGAUUUUUCACGUGAGACCUUGAAUCUCUGGACUUUUGAAUGUGUAAUCGCAUCAGAAUGUGUUGUGUUGCUACAGUCACCUUCAAGGUUGACCAUACUUUCCACUGUGAGUCUGUACAUGCUCACGGUUCCUUUCAAACUAAAAUAAGCGUCUGCGUCGGUCCCACUAACCGUUCUAUUCCAGCGUGUGGAUAUUUGUACCUGGAGCGCGUGCGGGCAACAAACACAGGCUGCACGCGGACGGGGUUCUUGACGACAUUCACGCCAUGAGGACCAUAGCGGACCCCAGUGGAGCCCGGAGGACUGGCAGAUGCUCAAAUUAUGAAUUCACCUCAAGAUUGAGUGGUUAGCCGGUUUAACCUCAUCCAAGAGUUAAAGUGUGUGAGACCACAACCGUGUUAAAUGUCAGACUCCGAGGACGCGGCUGUGAACACGGCUGAGCAGCUGAGACGUUUUGUUUCCUGAUGUGAAUCAUUUGCAGAGACGUUGCUCUUCUCUUUGUUUUGCUGGAUAGAAAUUGACAAAUGGACGGUGACUAUAUCUGUUUCCCUGGAGGAACAACAAAUGCCUUAAUGGAAACCAGCUGCACGGCAGGAACCAGCUGGGACCAACACACACACACACACACUAACACACACAC